UCAAAACCCGUUACUUUAUUUUUAUACGCAGGAUGUCUCCUAUUUUCUUUAGAUGUUCUAAAACUCAUCGCCAGUGAAGAACCCGCACACGUGAGCAAGGGAAGAAACGCAGUCAUGGCAAUCAGAUGACGAAGAAAAUCGUAACUUAUAAAUGGAACGCUGGAGUGGAGUUUUGAGAGUCCCACUGCAUCCUAACAGCAGGACAUUCCAUAGAGUUGGUGCAUCUCUCUGCCUUUCUCCUGAAACCAGAACUCUGCGUGUACCUAUAGCCAAUGCCAUCUUUUUCUGUGGUGAUCGAGCUGAAGGGACUGGUAACCCAGUGAUAGAGAGACUAUCAGAUUUACAGAAACUAUCUGAAAUUGUUGUGUCCAAAUUUGGUUCCUUCAUCAAUGCUUGGGUUAUUGAGGCUUCUGUUUUUAAUGGACCUUUUGCUGUCUAUAAGGACUUCAUACCAUCCGUGAAUCAAUAUGGAGAGCCAAGGUCAUACCAUCCAGUUGGAUUCCCUGCGUCUGCAUCAACUAUCUCACUCUUAUCUAAUUGCUUGGAAGAAGUAAAAAAAGUCAUUUUAGGGACACAGGUAGAUACCAAGUCUGGCUGCACUCCUUCCUUUUGUUUCUCUCAGCCUAAGACAUUCAUCCUUGGUUUUAGCAAAGGUGGAACUGUGCUUAACCAGAUAGUUACUGAGCUUGGCUUCUCAGAUAUUGGAUCUAAUGCAAAUUCACCCAGUAUGGGGCAGCCUAUGGACAGAAAGUUCAGUGAAUCUGAGGAGAUUUAUGUGGUACCUAAAACAAGGGAAGGCCUACUGAACAGCAUCAGCGAGAUUCAUUAUGUUGAUGUUGGUCUGAACUCUGCUGGGGCAUACUUAACUAACCAUGAUGUGUUUGAGAGAAUCUCUAAAAGGCUCAUGCAAGGAGCUCCUCCACUCCGUUUUAUCCUUCAUGGAACUCCGAGACAAUGGAGUGACAGGCAGCGUGGCUGGAUAUUGAAUGAAAAGGACAAAAUGCUGAAUCUGCUUGAAUCUGAAACCCCUAAGAGUGGGGCAAAAUUAAAAGUAUUGGCAAGGUAUUAUUUUGCUGAUAAGCCUCCAAGUAUGCAGAUGCACUUUGAAAUAAUAGAAAUUUUAGACAUCAGUUAGUACUUCAGACUUAAUAGGCCAACUGAAAAAUAUCUAGAUUAUGAGGAUGAAUGUAAAUAAAUUAUGUUUACUGCUGGAAUGUUACAAAGAAAAGGUUAACGUGACUAGUAUUCUCUUACCUAAGCUAGAAACUGAUUCAAAUUUCACAAAAUGUGUCGCAUGUAACAUGAAGUUCACAUGUAAAUAUGAGAGUAAAAGCAUUAAUAUAUA